CUGGCUCAGAUGGAAGAGCUGGUGAAUCUUGAUCUCAGAGUUACGAGUUUGAGCCCCACGCUGGGUGUAGGUUACUUAAAAUAUAUAAAGCUCUUCCGCGGUGGCAAGCAGAGCGAUCCGGCAGUCCCCGGCGCUCGCGUGCUCCGGGCCGGCAAGGGUCGCGAUUGUCUAAAGCCACAGGGAAAAUGGUGGAAUAUUCACCAUCGCCAUUGCCAGAAAGAGCGAUUUAUGGCUUUGUUCUUUUCUUAAGCUCCCAAUUUGGCUUCAUCCUGUAUCUCAUGUGGGCAUUUAUUCCUGAAUCUUGGCUAAACUCCUUAGGAUUAACCUAUUGGCCUCAAAAAUACUGGGCAAUUGCAUUGCCCGUCUACUUCUUCAUUACUAUAGUAACUGAUUAUGUACUCUUAUUUGGAAUAAACAUGAUGAGUACCUCUCCACUCAACUCCAUUCAUACAAUCAUAGAUAACUAUGCUAAAAAUCAACAGCAGAAGAAAUACCCAGAAGAAGCCAUCCCAGCAUUAAGAGAUAUUCCUAUUAGUGAAGUAAACCAAAUGUUCUUCCUGGCAACUAAAUAACUUUAUGCCAAAAACUAAA